CUGCACUACGGGACCCUCCUGGGCAGCAGAGCUUGUGCCCCCAUGGCAGCAGCUACCUGGACCACUGGCUUUCUCAAUUCUCUGCUGCACACAGCCAAUACAUUUUGCCUGCCCCUGUGCCAGGGCAAUGCCCUGGGCCAGUUCUUCUGUGAACUCCCACACAUCCUCAAGCUCUCCUGCUCACACUCAGGCUACCUCAGGGAAAUUGGGUUUAUGUUUUUUACUCUCUCUUUAGGACUUGACUGUUUUGUUUUCAUUGUUUUCUCCUAUGUGCAGAUCUUCAGGGCUGUGCUGAGGAUCUCCUCUCAGCAGGGACAGCACAAAGCCUUUUCCACGUGCCUCCCUCACCUGGCUGUGGUCUCCCUCUUUGUCAGCACUGCAGCAUUUGCCCACCUGAAGCCCCCCUCCAUCUCCUCCCCAUCCCUUGACAUGAUGGUGGCAGUUCUGUACUCGGUGGUACCUCCAGCACUGAACCCCCUCAUCUACAGCCUCAGGAACCAGGAACUCAAGGAUGCCCUAAGGAAAAUGAUGACUGGAUAUUUUUUUAAGAAGCAAUAA